AUGGCGACCCUCGGCCAGAUCAUCUUCGCCAGCAUGAUUACCCUCAUCGUCAUAUUCUCGGCCAUCAUCAUCCUCACCCUGGCCUUGGUCUUCUCAGGGUCCUCCUCUGACGUGACGAGCACCAACACAGCGCCCGUCGCCAACCUCGGCGAGGAUGAGCUUCUCAUCUGCUAUCUUCACACAGAGACUGGACGAACCACAGUCAGCCAGGUGUCAGUCACCUGGACGAAGGAGGACCUAGAGGGACUUGUUUACCGGUAUGACGACGGAGCUCCGGACCUUGGGGAGCAGAACUCGCAGUUCAGAGGGAGAACUGAGAUCUCCUCUGAUGCUUUACUCUCGGGGAACGCCUCCCUGCUGAUAAGGAGUGUGAGAAGUGGUGAUGAGGGAAAGUACACCUGCAGCAUCAGCUCCUCUGACGGAGGAGGGAAAGUCAACAUUCGUCUCAGGACAGCAGCCUUUUCAGCCCCAACAUUUCGCUUCUCAAACGGCGUCCUGACUGCUGAGGCAAGCAGGUGGUUCCCCAAACCAAAUGUGACGUGGUUGAACAGCGAUGGAGGCGUCCUGCAGGGACGCACAAACUUCUCACAGGACUCUGGAGGGAUUUACAGCGUUGUCAGCGAGCUGCAGCCAGUCAACAUCAGCAGCUCCUACACCUGCAGGAUUGAAAAUGACUUGGUGUUGUCUGUCUCCAAGGCAACUGUAACAGGCUCUGGUGUUUCGAAGAACACAUACUUCAUCUACAGUGCUGCUUCAUCUCUGCUGGCGUCAGCUUACCUGAGCAUUAUAACCAGUGUCCUCUGCAUCUGCUAUCUGACCUAAUUACACACACAAACAUACAUUAAAUACUAAUCAAUCACUUUAUUUGAUUGAUCUGUAUUUAGCGUACAUCAAGUACAGGUUAAAUAUUCGCCAUACACCUCAUCCUGGGUACAUACAGUAUAUCUUUGUGUAUGCAUGUGCUGCCUUCACUGUCAGGAUUUGACAGAUGUAAAAUAGGCUACAUAAAAGCAGUGUAAUUAAUUUCUUAACAUUAUGUUACUUUGGUUAUUAAUUUGUUUCAGUGGGUGUUGUUACCAUGUAACACCAUUUAACUCUAGUGAUUUUUCUCAGUAUACUAUUUCCUUUUUAUUCCUCUGGUGUAUGUGUCAUGUUUUGCUGUAAGUGAAUUAUUUGUCAGUAAACUUUUCUAAAUUCUUGUUA